CUUCUUUUCCUACCAUAGAGUUCGGAGGGAUGCUGGCUAGUCAGUGUAUCGGCGAGAACCCCGGAAGCGGCUGCGUUUGGGGCGGCUCCUCGCGCGGGUGGCAUAAGGCGGCGGGCGGCAAGAUGGCGGAGUUUGGCAACGCAACCCGUGAGGUCAUCAAUGUCACCCUCCGCACCACCCUGGCUGCUACCACCAAGCUGGUGAUGCCUACACCUGCCAAACCCAUUCUUCCCGUUCAGACUGGAGUCCAGGCACAGCAAGAGGAGCAAUCCAGUGGCAUGACCAUUUUUUUUAGUCUUCUUGUAUUAGCUAUCUGCAUCAUAUUGGUGCAUUUACUGAUAAAAUACCGCCUUCAUUUUUUACCAGAAAGCGUAGCUGUUGUUUCCUUAGGUAUCCUUAUGGGAGCUUUUAUAAAAAUCAUAGAGGCUCAGAAGCUGGCCAACUGGAAGGAGGAAGAAAUGUUUCGUCCAAAUAUGUUUUUUCUGCUUUUGCUUCCACCUAUUAUAUUUGAGUCUGGAUAUUCAUUGCACAAGGGCAAUUUUUUUCAGAACAUAGGCUCCAUCACACUAUUUUCUGUAUUUGGCACAGCAAUAUCAGCUUUCAUAGUAGGUGGAGGAAUUUAUUUCCUGGGCCAGGCUGAUGUAAUUUAUAAACUCAACAUGACAGACAGUUUUGCAUUUGGCUCUUUAAUAUCUGCAGUCGAUCCUGUGGCUACUAUUGCCAUUUUCAAUGCCCUCAAUGUGGAUCCCGUACUUAACAUGCUGGUUUUUGGAGAAAGCAUUCUCAAUGAUGCAGUCUCUAUUGUCUUGACCAACACUGCAGAAGGUUUGACAAGAGAAAAUAUGUCAGAUGUAAGUGGAUGGCAAACUUUUCUACAGGCGCUGGGAUACUUUCUUAAGAUGUUCUUUGGCUCUGCAGCACUUGGAACACUUACUGGCCUUAUUUCUGCAUUAGUGCUAAAGCACAUUGAUUUAAGAAAGACGCCCUCUCUAGAGUUUGGGAUGAUGAUUAUCUUUGCUUACCUUCCUUAUGGACUGGCAGAAGGUAUCUCACUCUCAGGAAUCAUGGCAAUCCUGUUCUCUGGCAUUGUGAUGUCCCACUAUACACACCAUAACCUCUCCCCUGUUACGCAGAUAUUAAUGCAGCAGACACUGAGAACCGUUGCUUUCAUGUGUGAAACGUGUGUUUUUGCAUUUCUUGGCCUGUCUAUUUUUAGUUUUCCUCACAAGUUUGAGAUGUCCUUCGUCAUCUGGUGCAUAGUACUUGUUCUGUUUGGUAGAGCAGUGAAUAUUUUCCCCCUUUCCUACCUACUCAACUUUUUUCGUGAUCAUAAAAUCACCCCUAAAAUGAUGUUUAUCAUGUGGUUUAGUGGUUUACGUGGUGCAAUUCCCUAUGCACUCAGCCUCCAUUUGGGCUUGGAACCAAUAGAGAAGCGUCAGCUCAUUGGAACAACAACAAUCAUCAUAGUGCUGUUCACGGUUUUGCUGUUGGGAGGAGGAACUAUGCCCCUUAUCAGACUGAUUGACAUUGAAGACUCCAAAGCACGCAAGAGGAACAAAAAGGACAUUAAUCUUAGCAAGACAGAGAAAAUGGGAAAUACCAUAGAAUCCGAGCAUUUAUCAGAGCUCACAGAGGAGGAAUAUGAAGCCCAGUACAUAAAACGCCAGGACCUCAAAGGAUUUAUGUGGCUGGAUGCUAAGUAUUUGAAUCCUUUCUUCACCAGAAGACUCACGCAAGAAGACUUGCAUCAUGGGCGCAUACAGAUGAAAACUCUCACAAACAAAUGGUAUGAAGAGGUACGACAAGGACCUUCGGGCUCUGAAGAUGAUGAGCAAGAGCUGCUGUAGCAGACCAGGGAAGAAGCACAGGGAGUAUAUUAUUAGACUUUAGAAAGUGAAUUUAAGUAUCAAGACCGUAACUGCACAACAGUUUCUGAUUUGGGGCAUAUCUUGUUCUGUAUGUUUAAACAUCAAAAAGCAGAUCUACUUUGCUUGGUAUUAUUAGUCACUGAUAGCCACUGAAGUGUCAGGCUCUGAACUGAAUGAAGAACCUUCCAGCUUUUACAUCACAGCAAAUUUAAUGCAGCCUGUGAAGAAUGUGGAAGCAUCUGCCAUGAAAUUGUUUAAUUGUUUAAUUUUAAUUGCUGUUUAAUGUGGGUCCUAGUACAAAGCCUGCUGUGAGUGUUUGAAGUACAGAGCCAUCAUAUGACUGCAAGAUAGGAUGAGUUGCAGCUUUUUUUUUCUUUGAAAAUAUACACCGAUUCACAUGGAGAGGCUUGAUAGUUUAAACUAUGAAUUUGUUCUAGCACUGGUAAGGGAGUCUGGCUGGGAUAAAUCCUUGAUUUAUGAGAGUUACAGGAUCAAAGAAUGAUUUGGGUUGGAAGAGACCUUAGAGAUCAUCCAGUUCCAACCUCCUCUGCCUUGGGCGCAUAGAAUUGCACAUUUUGAAUCCAGAGAAGAUCAUUGCCUUGACAAAUAACAAAUGCUGCACACAAAGAAGAACUUCUUAAUACCUCCAUAUUUUUGUCAUAUGAAAUUGUCUUGGUAUCUAUUUAAUGGGAUGUUUUAUUUUUAUAUUCUGAGAUGUCGUCCUAAUCAGUACUGUGGGUUAGACAUGACUUGCAAGAGGUGUGGAUUGCAUGACAUUAAAACUGCAAUUUCAAAUGCAGUUCUGCAACACUUUUUUUAUUUUGCUGAAGGCAGUUGCAGUUGGUUUUCCCUGGUUCAAGUCUAAGAAAGCAACAGCUUUUCUUUUGCCUAAAUUCAGGAAGCAUUCCUAACACUCCGGAACUCACUAGCAGACUUCUUGAAUUCUAGUGGAAUCAAAAGCAACUCUUUCCCUGUCAUUGGUUUGAUGAAUUAAGUGUGUACAUGGGGAAGAAGGAGUCUACAAAAAUCUAAUGUAGAUAUGAAAGAGUCAUUUUUGGUCUGGUUUUGUUAUUAGGCUUUUUAAAAAUCAGCUGCUGGGCUGAUGAAAGGCUAUUUGGAGUCUUAAACCUGUGCUGGCUAAGCAGUUCUCCAAAAUAACGUGUUAUAUGACCUGCUUUUCUGUAUUACUACUGUUAUUUUGAAGAACUGUGCUCAUCCUAGAGCUGGAAAACACACUGGCCAAAGUCUGAAUGAGACACAAAAUCAGCUUCUGGUAUUGACCAGAAAUGAAUUAAUGCUUGGUUUUCUCUUCAGAAAAGGAUCUGUAUUUUUCCUUCAUCCUUCUAGAUGACAGUGGAUUUCAUUACAUUUCAGUUACCCGUAAGUCUUAAAAUAGAGAUAUCAAGGAAGGUGCACAAGUUACAGUGCUGUGAAGAGUGGGAAUGCGUGUUCAGGUUCUGCGUUAUGUUUGUUCAGUGCAAUGAGGACUGUUAAAAAAUCUGCUCAGUGAGAAUCUCUGUGCUGUCAGUGCCAGUGGACUGAAGCCGCCAACUUCUGAGACUUGUUUGUCUGCUGGAGGCAAGCAUGUGUUAUCUGUCUUGUCUUUUUUUGUCCUGUACCAGCUGGGAACUUAGACAUGCAAGCCAGAAUGGGGAGCAGGUAAAGUUGUGCUGUCAUCAGGCUGACACUGACCUGUGUGGAUUCUUACUCCUGCCCAGACCAGGAGGUUCUCUUCUCUGCAGGAGCUGUGCUUGAGUUUAAUGUUCUAGAUGCUCUUAUGCUAGGCAUGGUGCUGUAUCAUAAUCGUGCUGAAAUAGCAAAGGUGCUCUCAUUGCUAUGGUUAUUCUGAAACGAGGCACCUGCAAAAGGAGUGAGGUCUGCACCAGCACGUCAACCAUUUACCUCGAUUUCCAUUCGAGGUAAAGUGAUCGUUACUGCCCUCUGUUGGCAGUCAACGGUAACGGCGUGACAUCUCACGAUCGAAUGCUUAUGCUGAGAGCAGUUUAAUAAAUUAAAUGGAAGCAAUGAAUUGAUACAGCUAGAACGAAUGAAAUCACUCUGCUGAAGCAAAUAAACCGAAGAAAAUCUUGGGUCUUUUCAUUAAAAGAAACUAUGCUGAAAUUUAAGAAGCUUAGAUUUGUCAGAGCUUGGAAUGAAGGUAGGUUUGUCUUUUACAGAAUACACACUAAAUUCCAUACUUGUGAACCAGUAGAAGAAAAUUUUGCCAUUAUUUCAGUGACUGAUUUCUGUAUUUAUCAAUGCAUUUACUUAUGCCAGUAACUUCCAAGUUAGGAUUUCUUCAUUUUCUUGUGUAAGUAUGUUGCUUCAUCUUCCUUACUCAAUUGCCCUGCAGCUACCUUACUUAGAUCUUUUCCUAUGAUAUCAGAACAAUAGGAGACUCUGGUCCUCUUUCCACAAGGACAGGCAACUCCAUCCUAACUUGGCCUCUCCUGUGAGUUUGUUCAAGGAUAUACUUUGUUUUUCUUCUUUAUUCAGUGCAGAAUAACCAGAAAAUAUGUAGGAUGCAGAUGUUACUAAUUACAGAUACUGAAGUUUUGUCAGUCUGGUGGAACCUGCCACCACUCCCAAGCAGUGCCACGUCCCAAGGCAGCUACGUGACCAUCCCACGUGGCAGACUGGCACCCCUGCAAUGACUCACAGCAAGCACCUCCAGCUUUCAUUUCAUUGUUAUUUUUAACUUGGCCACACCAAGAAACACUCAUUGAUUUUAAUCUUUAAAGCAUAUGCAGACUGUUUCUACAGCCUAAUCUAAAAGAUGCCGUAAAAAGAGAAGAGAGCACUAGUAAUUAUCUGUAGCUCAGGAGCUUAUCUUUUGGAAAGAACUGAGCUCCAAGCUAUUCUUCCUAUGUACCCUCAGCUUUUUCUAAGUUGUGCAGUGUGUGAGAUCAGCCAUUGCAACUAGGCUUCCUCCACUUGACCUGAGUUUAAAGGGUGCAGCAGUAAUAUCCCCACCUGUGCAAGAUGGUUUGCACCAAUUACUUCAUGGCAGAGCUGCAUGCGGAAUCAGGAGAUUGGGUGAAACCCAUGACACAUCACCACCAUUUUGAAGCUGCCAUUAUCCCUCUGGCAACCUGCUUUACAAAGAAUUUCUCAAAGUGAGGAAUUUUACUGCAGUUUUUCUUUGGGUUUUUAACCAAUAUGCAUUAUUUCAGCAGUUGAGCACUUGCCUCAGCAACUCCAGUGUCCAGCAGAACAUGGAGCACAGGAGUUACUGAGACAGAAGCUGUCCCUGGGAAGGACUGGGAGCUCCGUUGCUCAACAUCUGCAGCCCACCCACAGCUCAGCCCUCACUGCAUGGGCAGCAAACCCUGUCAAAGCCCCUGGGACAGCUCCAGCUCUGCAGCAGCAGCAGGCUCCCACUAAGUCACAACACAGUCCAGGUAUGCCAAAUCCUCCCAACUGGGGGGCCUGUUUCCUGCCCAUCAUUCACCUCUGAACCCACGGCAGGGUCAGCACCCCUGACCCACAAUAACAACUGGAUACUUCUGGAAGCAACAGUGAGUGCAAGAAGCCUGACCAACUUCGGCAGGCAGGCACUGGGCUGCCCACAGCUGGGGAAGAGCUGUAAGAACUAUGUGGCCUUAGCACAGAGCAAGUAGAGCAUGCCAGAAAUCAGGUCUUCCCUCUCUGAUAACACAGAGAUGAGCAGGGAGGCACUGCAUUUCCCAUCUGCAAAUUAGCAUAAGAGUAUCCAGUAAAUGUGAUUUUAAUUUAAAUGUCAAUUCCAUCUUAUUGCUAAACUCAAAGAGGCUUCCAAGAAGCUGGACAGUGCAACAGCCUCCUUCCCCAGUGCAUUUAUUGGAUUUUGGUGAUGAGAAGGAUACAGCGCAGCUCUGAAGCGUUCCAUCCAUUCAUGAAACUGCAGCAGGUUUCUCAGUCUUUCUCUGCCUUCUGUCAAUCUUGUCCGUGGCUUCAAAUCUUCUCCAUAUUAUGCCAUGAUUCAUGAAGAACAGGGGGGAGUGCUCAGAAUUUGUUUGAAGUCUUCUGCCUCGUUUUAUCUUAAGGAGCAGCAAUAGUGAAUCUGGGCUUCAGUGGAAGACAGCUGGCUGCAAGAACACAGGCAAGGAUCUGAAGCUCUAGCUGAAGGGAGCAGGUGGAACUGAAUGCUGCAGAACUUGUUAAAUAUGGGAAGAAAUCUGAGUGCUCUGAGCAAUCCCUGCUUUUAGAAACUCUUCACAGUGAUCCUCUUCCCUCCCUCCUUGUUCUUUCAGUGCUGAUUUGUUAGUCUCUGAUGUUUCAGUCUCAACAACUAGACUUGAACUCCAGACCAAUGACUAGUAAAGUUACCUGGCAAUCCA